CAUACGAAUAAAGUACCAGUUUACACAUAGGAUGAACCUGAAAGCGUUUAUCAUAUUGAUGAUGAUUUCUUCGUUAGAUUCAAGGAUAACAGUCGAUCUUCAGGAAAUGCACGGUUGUCCAGGCCACUCGUACGAUAUAGAUUUUUCAAACGUCGAAUUUGACUUCGAUUACGAUGGAUAUCUAAUUGUCAGCGGAAAUUUCACUUUUCUGAAGGACGUUGUUGAACCAUACGCAGCGUACUUCCACUCGGAUCACAUGGAACGGGGCGAGUGGAGGCCGGCAAUUAUUCAUAAGAACGUUCCGGACUUUUGUGCAGUCAUACAGAGCCCUUUGGAAGUCUGGUACCCGGUAACGCAGCACUUGAGUAAGAAACGAUGUCCAUAUAAGGCGGGAUCUGUGGUGCAUUUCGAUACAGUUCGUUAUAAAUUUCCAGUUGCUAUAACGCCAAAUUUUCUCGGAGAAUGGAGAAUGUUCAUGGAACAGCGUGAUGUCACUAAGGAUCCCAAACCGUUUGCUUGUCUGAUGCAGUAUUUCAGUGUGAUAGAAAUAUAGAUAUAUUAUAUCAUGAACCAAUCGCGUAAAAAUAAGUGUAAGGAAGACAAUA